AAAGGCGCAGUUUCUCUUAUUCCAAAUUCGAAUGAAAAAGAAGGAUUUCAGAAAAGCAAAGAAAGCAGUGAAUAUAUCCAAAGCUCACCUUAAAGUGCUGGAAACGGCAGCAGUCAAUGCAUCUAAUGCAUACAGAAAAACAUCAACUUAUUUGAGAGGUGUAGGGAGGGGAAAAUCCACAAAUG